AUGAUCUCCCUCUGGUGUCUGUCUUCAGUACUGCAGGCUCUUUGGUGCUGCAGCAGCAAGUCACACAACUGGCCUUUUUUCUCAUCGGCCCCCAGGCAUCCAAAGUAUAUCAGCUUCCCCAUCAGCACCCCAAGUCAGGCGAAACACAAACCAGUCUCUUGUGCAGCCAUUCAGAAAGCUCUGGGACACCAGACACCCACUCUCCUCUUCCCUCCCAAGCAUGAAGCCUCCGGGGGCACCUGGUCCCGACUGCAGAGCCACAGCAGUCUUGGCAGGCUCUCUGGUGCCAAGCCACGCCAGUUCCACCGACGCUCCGAGUCAGGGCAGAGUAACCAGUCACUCGGACUCCCCUCAGAAAGCUGGAACUUCGGUACUCCAAUACUUUGGCCACCUGAUGGGAAGAGCCGACUCAUUGGAAAAGACCCUGAUGCUGAGAAAGAUUGA